UCGGGGAGUGGGGGAUCAGGAUUGCUUCUUUUCUUUUCCUCAACCCAAGGUGGGGGGGGGGGCUUUAUCGAGGAGUUUUCCGGAGUAUUGUAUAGAAAGGCAUCACUCACUACUCCUGCUGGCUUGCCUUAGAGACAGACGCCGACGAUAUACUAAAGAAAGGCUAUAAAAAUGGAUACAGUAUGAUCCCAACUUUAUAAUAUAAACGAAUAUUUAUAAAUGCUGGGGAGGGGGAGAGCUUAAAGGAAAUAUUGGAGACGGGGCUGUGUUUUCUUUGAACUUUUCUGUUCUUUGCAAAGUUUUUUUCUAUCAGAAAACAAAGAAGCAAAAAUUCAUUUACAAAGGUUAGCUCACAGAGCAGUUGCGUGCGAACCUCCCUGGCCAUCCCCACCGACCCCCACUCAGCAGGCCGAGACCUUUCUGCAGGGCCGGGGCCUCCCAGGAGCGCCAACUUCCUAUGCAGGGGAUUCUUCCAGAUCCGCCUGGCCCGGAGCCUGCCUUAAUGCUUUCGUCUGGCUCGUCGGGAAAAAAUAAUAAUCCAUUGUUUUCCGGGACUUUCCCCGAGAUCGAAAAGAAUUUCCCAGAUCCUCUGGAGGUCACACAGCGGAUGUCCGCAGCCUUGGAGAAGCGAGACUGUGCACAUUUGAUUGGGUACAGGCCCAUCAGAGGCAUGGUGGGAGAAAGAAAAGACCGUUUCUGAAAACCACUGCGCUUCUCGAGGGCUUUUCUUCUGGUGUUUUUGGUUUUCACGACUUCUUUUGGAAGACCCGCUACUUUAGCGGGUCAGAUUCCAAGACACAUCAUGUCCAAUUUCGAAGAUGCUGACACGGAAGAGACACUAACUUGUCUCCGGAUGACUGUUUACCAUCCUGGACAGUUGCAAAGUGGAAUAUUUCAAUCCAUAAGAUUUUAUAACCGAGAGAAACUCCCCUCCAGUGAAGUGGUAAAAUUUGGGCGAAAUUCCAACAUUUGUCGUUACACCUUUCAAGACAAACAGGUUUCCCGAGUUCAAUUUGCUUUGCAGCUAUUCAAACAGUUUGAUAGCUCAGUUCUCUCUUUUGAAAUUAAAAAUAUGAGUAAGAAGACCGGUCUGAUUGUGGACAACAAGGAGCUGGGCUACCUAAAUAAAAUGGAUCUGCCAUACAAGUGCAUGGUCAGAUUUGGUGAGUAUCAGUUCCUGAUAGAGAAGGAAGAUGGAGAGUCACUGGAGUUUUUUGAGACUCAAUUUAUGUUGUCUCCAAGAUCCCUCUCACAAGAAAACUGGCCACUGCAGAAGCCCAUACCUGAGAAUGGCGAUUAUUCACCCUGUUGUGUCCAAAACACUUUUCCCACAGAAAUGGAUGAAAAUGAAUUAUGAACACAUGAAAGAGAGCUCUGUAGCUGCUUAUUAGAGUUGAUUAGUGUAGUAUGUUACUGUCAUCUGUUAUGCUACCAAAUUGGGUUUUGGCAUUGUCAUUUUGAAGUCCUUAAAGUGAGUUAGUCACCAGCUUAGUCUCCUGUUACAUUUCUGGAUCUAUGAAGACUUACUUUAAGUGCAUGUCUGUGAGGCUUACGUAUGCAGUAUACCCUUUGUGAUGAAGGAACAGUGUUCUCAAAAUAGGUUGUAUUGUCUUUUUUAUGCAUGAACUUAGUCCUGUGUUAUCUUUGUUUUCAUAUGGAACCAUGUCAUUUCACAGUAGCCAUUUGUUUUCAAGGUCAAGAUUCCAGGCACGCUGCUGCUGGCCUUUUAGCCUGUUGGUACUGGUAGUGCCAGGGAACUGGAACGUAGAAUAAUGCAUUCUAGAGUAUUGUCUGUGCAUCAUUGUAGUUUUAAUAUAAGAAGACUUAUUUGAGAAUUAAGACUUUGAUUUUUAUAUGAUUUUCUUUCUGUGGAAUCACAGAGUAUUUAUUCCCAAGAUGAUACUUCUCAUUAUCUAUAUUCAGCAUCUAAAACUAAUAUUUAAACAUUUUAAAGAACCACUAUGUUAAGAUUAGAAUUACUUUUUUAGUUUUCUUACCAAAUUUUAAAAGUUUACUUGAUUUUUAUGUACUAUACAUAAGUUUAAAAUUCCAUAAAUACGAAUUUUUAACAGCAUCCAUGCACUUAAAAAAGUCAGUUUAAUGCCUUAGCUAUUUUCUAUGGAACUGUUUCUAAAAAAAGGGAAGAAUUGUUCUUAGACCUCUCUGUAUAAGUAAAUGUACAAUGUGAAACUUUAUAAUAAAUGCUUAAAUAUUUCUAAAGCAAAUUUUAAUUUCAAAAAAGGUAUCUUUAUUUAAGUUUCUUAUCCAGCUCAUUUUAACUAGGUAGUGAGUGAGUGUUAAAUAAAUGAUAAUGAGGACCACUCAGUUAAGUUAAAUUCUAGCAUUUCCAGGAAGUCAGGCUCCAUGUAUAAUUUUUCAGGUAAAUGAAAUUUCCUGCAUUUAAGAGGUCCAUUUUUUUCUGGGGAAAAAAUGUAGCCAUAUUUCUGUGACAACCUUUCUAAAUGUUUUUUUAUAUCCUUUCCAACCUCUUACCAAGAGAACAUUAAACCCAUUUAACCUGUUCUUGAUUUAGGGGCAUCAUUCACUUCAGUAUGUGCACUUCCCCACUCCCCAGCCUCAGGACUGUUCCAGUACAGUGAAAUAGUUGUUCCUAUCAAAAUGGCUUGAGUGAUUACUUCAUUUCCCGUGUCUGCAUUUUAGUUUUCAUGCUUACCCCCUGUGGCAGGCAAAAUAAGGUGUCCUAAGUUGUCUACGUGCCAGUCCCCAGAACCGGUGAAUAUGUUAUAUUACAUGGCAAAGGGAAGUUAAGGUUGUUUGUGGAAUUUUUGCUAAUCAGUUGACCUUAAAAUAGAAAGAUUAUCCUAGAUUAUCUGGGAGGGCCCAGUUAAUCACAAGAGUCCUUAAAAGUAGAAGAGGGAGGUCACAGUGAGGCUGUGUGGGAAGGACUCAACCUACUAUUGCUGGCUUUGAGGAUGGAGGACAUUGCCAAGAAAUGAGGGUGGCCUGUCAGAGCUAGAAAAGGAGCAUUGGAUGCCUAGAAGCCAAAAGGGAUACUCCCCUAGCAUUUGCAGAAAGGAAUGCAGUCCUGCCAACACUUUGAUUUUAGUCCAGUGAGACCGGUUUUGGACUUCUAAGGUACAGAACUUUAAGGUAAAGUUGUAUUGUUUUUAAGCCACUGAGUUGUGGUAAUUUGUUGCAGCAACAAAUAGAAAACUAAUGCAUUCCCCCUUGGCUUAAGGUUUUAACUCCUUGCUACUGUUAAGCAAUUGCCUUUAUUUUGGUAUCUUUUACUAGAAUUAUAGCUUCCUGUCUGAUCUGGAUUUCCAAACUAGAUUGCCCAACUUGUUAGACUUGUUCACAGCAUAGUCGCACAGUAAAGUUUUCCUAGAGUAAAGUAUAUCAGCUGUAAUUUGUGCAUACUGUCACAUUUUGACCAUUUGGGAGACUUUUUCCACUUGAUUUCUGUUUCUUGUCUGGGAGGCUGCUGGAUGAGUUGCUAAGUCACAAAGUUUUAAUAUAACUUAACCCUUAAUACAAUUCAUGUACCAUUGUUAUUGAAACCAAACAAUGUGUUAGGCAAUAUUUCAGGCCAGAAAAACCUCAUGUUCAUAUAAAAUAGUUAACGAUGCUUCCUAAUAAAUAUCUUGGAAAACGUUUUGUUCAUUUUGAAGAAAUACUAAAUAUAAUUUUUUCUAUCUUU